ACUUAUGAAUAAUUAGUAUCGAGGGCUAUGUUUAAGGAAUAUGACAGGAUAUCUACUACGGAUAAUGAACUAGCCACCAUUAAAUACAUCGGGAAAUUACCAGAGUCUAUUUGGGGCCCAGAUGUUAUAGCAUUAGGAUUAGAAUGGGAUGAAGCAGAAAGAGGGAAGAAUAGUGGAUCAAUUGAAGGUGUUUCAUACUUUAAGACUGAUAUUGAAGGUGCUGGAUCAUUUCUCAAAUCAACCAAUAAGAAAAUCGUCAAGGAAAGAUACGAUUUUAUUGAAUCACUUAUAAGACAGUAUGCAAAUGAAGAAAAUGAAACUAUUCUUAAUAAAUCAAUUGUAUUUGGAACUAAAAUCGCAGAAAGCUAUGGAUUUCAUAAAUUGAACUCGAUCCAAUCAGACUUUAAGAAUUUACCUUCUAUUUCAUUGGAAAGGAAAAAUAUUUAUAAAAGCUUUAACAAUAUUGAAAAUUCAAAGUCGAUCCUUGCUAAUCUCGUAAAUGUUACUAAUUUAGAUUUAAGUUUUAAUCUUUUCAAUGAUUUAAAUGAGGUAUGGGGGAUCAUUGAUCACUUACCUAAUCUCGAAAGUCUAAAUCUUAAUGGUAAUCGAUUUUUCAAUCGUGAAUCAACUCCUACAACAAUCCAUCCAAAGAUCAAACGUUUAAAGUUGGCAUCAACUAACAUAAAGACAGAUCAGGUUACGAAACUAGUUCUACCGAAGUUUGUGGGCUUGAGAGAUUUAUCUUUAGCAGGUAACCAGUUUAAUGAUGCAGAUUUGGUAGAUUUUACCACACCUCAUUUAAGUUUAGAAGAUAUUGAUUUAUCGUACAACAAGAUGACCAGAAUUCCCGAGUUUCUUGAAUCAUGUAUAAAUGUUCAUUCAAUCAAUUUAGCUCACAAUCAAAUCAAAGAUGUACAAUUGGAAACAAAUCUUGAAAAAAUUUACCAUUUAGAUAUACGACAUAAUGAAAUCCAAGAUUGGACAACAAUUGAUAAACUUUCACAAGUAUUGCCCAACUUGAAACUGCUUAGAAUCAAUGGGAAUCCAAUUUUCAAGGAUUUAUCCAUUGAGGAAAUGUUAAUUAACCUAGUAGGUAGGUUUGAAUGUCAACUGUAUAAGGAUAAAAGCAAUACCCGAUUGUGUAAGAUCAAUGGAAGCUUUCUUAAUGAAGACGAAAUACAAAACUUUGAGUUGUAUUUUAUAUCAAAAGUUAAACUGGGAGUAUACCGGUUCAAUAUGAGAAGUGAAAGAUGGAAUCGAUUAAUGACCAAGUAUAAGAUGGCACCUAAGCCAGAGCUAAAACCUCAAACUAUAAUCAAAAAUCAAUUAUCUUUCAAAAAAAUAAGGCUAGUGGUUCACUUGAACGAAGAUACGAAGAUAAACCGAGUUUUUUUAAUUGAUAAUACCGUACUAAGAUUGAAAGGAAUUAUUUCCAAACAUCUUCGAAAAUCGAUAUUGAAAAUUAAUAUUUUUUACUUCAUUAAUGAAUUCGAAGAAUCCAAAGAGUUAAAGAUCAAACAAUAUUUAGACGAUGAUUUAGCUCUCUUAGAUAGUUUUGGGUUUUAUCAACAGCAAAAUUUAUACGUUUCACUAAAAGAAAUAACAGUGUGA